AUGUUGAACUUAAACUGCGUGAUAUGCGCCGAAUUGUUUGGACAGGCCGACGAGGUUUUUGCCACAGUUUGUGGGCAUAUGUUCCACCACAACUGCCUAAAUCAAUGGCUCGAUCGAUCAAAGACCUGUCCUCAGUGCCGGAAUAAGUGCACUACCCGCAACAUAUUUAGGGUCUACUUCAAUCUGGCCAACUUGGAUGUGAGCCGCAUCGAUGUCGGUUCACUGCAGGAGCAGCUGGACAAUGCAAAGUUGUCCAUGAAAAUGGUCGAAAAAGAGCGCAGCAAGGAAAAACAGCAUAUUCAGGAUCUGAAGGAAACACAAAAGAAGUGCCUCAAAACCAUAGCCGGUUUGGAGCAGAAGGUGCAAAAGAAGGAUUUCCUCAUCAGCAGCUAUGUCGAGCAAAUUGGCGUCCUCAAGAGUGAUGCCCAUGUCGUGGAUGUGUUGCGAAAGGAAAACAAAUCAUUAAAAUCACAGAUCCAGGCUAUGGAAGGCAUAUCGGCUAUGCUGGCGGCUGGCUCGGCGGAUGCCGACCGCUUGCUCAAGAACGAGUCUGAUCCACAUGUCCUAGCCAACUGGGUGUCCACUCUCAAGAGGGAGCUGCGACAAUGCGAUAGCAAAAAGACGGAGCUCAGGAAUGUAGUGAAGGUCGUGCAAAAUGAUCUACGAAAGGAGAUCGAACUAAAGCGCAAGUUGGAAGAGCGUGUUUCACACCUGGAGAGCGACCUUUACCAGGCGCAGGAGAAGCUACAAGCUUUUGAGAACAAGACCGCCCUCUUGGGGUCACCAAAUGCCUCAUGUGGUCUGAACAGCAACCUAUUGGCCCUUAAGCAGGAGGAAAGGCGUGCCACUAUUUCGCCUACAGUUAAGGAGAAUAUUAAGCGCAUCGAAGAAUCCACCUCCCCAUAUCUCAACAUUAAAUCCAGCAGCGUCGGCUUGGCGCAUCUUCUUAAUACUAAGGGUAACAUUGGGAUGGCCAAGUCCAAAAUAUCGCCCAUCAAGGGAGUCGGUGGCGGUGUGUCUAUGACCAGCGGAACCAUACGGAAAACCAGCAGUGAUCUCAGUGAAAAGUAUUCAAUUUUCAAGAAGCCAAGACUGCUGCUGGGAAGUUCCGCGUUGGCGGUCACGACGGGCUCAAAUUUUGUCUACAAUGGAUUGGGCGGUUCUGAGAAGGUUGACCCCCUUGCGCAGCGCGCCGAGGAAGAGGGUCUUUCCACAAUCAGAUCCUCGACCGUCCUUUCCCGGAAUGUCAACCAGCGUCUUAAAGCCGGCUCGCUACGCAACUUUAACCUGGACAAAUAAGUCCACAGCCAUGUGAUCAUAAGAGACUGCCCCCAGUUGGGUAUUAGCAUGCGAUUGGUAUUGAGAAUUGCUGAUUUUGUUAGUUAGCCAAUGCAUGAAUUAGGCACUAGUCAUAAGUUAGCAGUAAAUAUAUAAAAAUACAAAAGGCA